CAAGCUGCAUGAGCGCUUUAUAAAGAACAUCAGCUGCAUCCAGACUCAGAAUCCUACUCUCUCUCAGACUCAUUCAUCUCUCUGCAGAGGACCACCAUCAUGACUCCAACUUUCCUCUUCCUCCUCAUCCUCUCACUGACGGAUGUUUCUCUGAGUGCACCGAUUGACAGUGAAGAUCAAACAGGCCAAUCGAUGGACAUCAUGCUAAGACCCCAAAUUGACCCAAAGACACCUGUGGUGCAGGAUGACAUUGCUUUGCCGGAUACUUCCAGCAGGAACGCAGACCCAUGCACUGCCAAAGGCUGCAAGUGGCCUAAAACUGGACGCUACGUCUACGUGCCUUACUACAUCUCUACUAACUACAAUUCUGAAGAGAGCAACAUCAUCAUUAGAGGCCUGGAGAGCUUCAGUCAGUCCACCUGCAUUCGCUUUGUCCCGUGGAAACCAGAUGAUCUUCAUUACCUCUACUUUGAAGCUAAAACUGGGUGUUGGUCCUAUGUUGGCCGUCAAAAUGUCGGACAGUAUAUCUCUCUGGAAAAACCGGGCUGUUUGCACCACUCCACAGUGCAGCAUGAGGUUCUUCACGCUCUGGGCUUCCAACAUGAGCAGGAACGCUCCGACAGAGAUGAAUAUGUCAAGAUUCUCUUCGAGAACAUUAAGCCAGAAUUUAAAUUUGCCUUUGAAAAAGUGGAGACAAACAACUUGAUGACUCCCUAUGACUUCAACUCCGUCAUGCAAUACAACAAGUACGCCUUCUCCAAAAAUGGGAAGCCAACCAUUGUCGCCAAGUGUGAUCCGAAUCUUGACUUUGGACACGCCAAGCAAAUGAGCAAGAACGACAUUGCUCGCAUCAACAGGCUCUAUAACUGCUGCUCAAAGAAAACACCCUGUACAAUUUCCAACUGAAUUACUUGUGCUGUUACUUGUGCUUCAGACUUCUGACUGGAUUUCAUUGCUUUCUCCCCUUCAAGCAGAGCAUAAAUGGUCAGCUUCUAAAUACCUCACCUACAGGAAAACUGGUGGAUGAUGAUUGUAUAGCAUCUCAUUCUGUCAAGUUCUAGCCCUGAGGGGUAUUCCAAAAAGUGGGUUUACUGGUAUAGCUGGCUAUAUUAACCUGCACUAAACGGCAAUCUUGGGUUUUCUGUUCCAAAGUGGCUAAUUUAAGUAAGUUAAUAUGGAAACAUAUGCUGUGAACAGCCUGGUAGGGAGUAGGUCUUGCUCAGGCCAAGCUUAAAAUAUCUCCAGCUUAAUGAUCUGAUGGAAAGUCACCAUAGUGUGACCAAGUCUGUGAAAACCACUUUGAUUUAAAGAAAUGAACAGACACUUCCAUUUUCAAUAUGUUAUUUAAAUUUUUGUCAUAGCAACUAUAUAUUUGAAGUAUUCCAUUUCCAGGUCCGCCUUUGCAAUCUGGCACUGGAGGUGGACUUCAUAGUUACCUUGCAGUGAGGGAUUGUUGCAGUCGCCCUGAACCUGUCUUCCAUACCUCAGACCACUUCUUAUUAGCUGUGAAAUAGGUACUUCUCAUUGUGGUGAGCCUAGAGCAAUAUGGAAAUUAUUGGGAAUUAUUGACUUUGCUGGAAAUCCUCGGCCAAGCGUCACAGUGGGUGGUGGCGGAUGCAGCUGUUUUUAUUUUUUCUGAUUAUAUAUAUUUGCUUGCUUCUUAUUUGCUUUAUAUUUGGAAUAAAUAUUACACUUAAAGCUGAUUGUCUUGUGUCAUCUAAAGUAAAAAUAGCCUGAUGAAAUAAAAAUUG